AUGGAGGUGAAGGGCGUAGUGAAGAAGAAGAGGAGAGUGAGGAGGAGUGAAGAGGAGCCUACCUUGAAGAGAAGGAGGGAAGUGAGAGCAGAAGAGACCAGUGUGGCCAAGGAGGCAGAGAGGGGGGGAGUAGAGGAGACCCCAAGAAGGGUGGUCGUCCCAGAAGUGGUGGACAUCGCGUCGGAGGGGAUGGAGGUCGUCCCAGUAGUGGUGGAGAUCGCCACAGGGGUAGCGAGGGCCAUCCCCGGAGUGCAAGUAAAAGGUGGGGCGACUGGCCCUGAGCCAAGGAGGGGAGAACAACCCCAGGGGGGUCCUACACCCCAAGGAAGGGGAGUCAGUCUGACUACUGCGAUCUACCACGCUCGUGCAGUGGCUGGGCAGCUGGAGGGAGAAGAAGGCCCAACCAAGGUAGGGGCAAACCGCCUUGUGGGGAUUGUGGAAGAGGCAGCCUUGCGCUCAACAGCCAGAUUCAAUGAGGCUGAGCUGCUAAGGGGGUUAUACUCUGCUCAAAUUGAGGUAACCACCUUAGCAAGGGCUCUGCUGAGAAAGGCGGGAGCUAUAAAACUCAAGGCAGAUGAGGCCAAGACUCAGCUUGCAAAGUUGAAGAAGAAGAGUAAGGAGCUGGAGGGCGAGCGUGCUAAGGCAGUGGAGGAGAAGGAGAGCCUUCAGAAGGAGUUAGAAGCAGGGAGAGCCAAGGCGGCUGCUGAAAAGGAGAGCCUUCAGAAGGAGUUCGAGGCAGAGAAAGCCAGGGCAACUGCUAAAAAGGAGAGCCUUCAGGAGGAGUUGGAGGUAGAGAAAGCCAAGGAAACUGCUGAAAGGGCGACCCUGGAUAAGGAGUUGGCGGAGGAAAGGGCUAAGGCAGCCUCUGAAAGGGCGGCUUACCUCGAUCUGUAUGUGGCAGCAGUGGACCAAUUCAAGGGGUCUGCUGAAUUUUAG